AAAAUAAUUCUACUUAACUAAAUAGCGUUUGUUUAGAACAUGGAGAGAAUGCAGACGUAUUGGUUGGCGCUCAGCCUACUCCUGGUGUGUGCUGAAGCUUCCAAGAUCCUGGUGGUGUUUCCCCUACCAUCGAGGAGUCACGGGAACCUCGGAGAUGGUAUUGUCAGGCAUCUGCUGAAUGCUGGACAUGAGGUGACAUACAUCACACCAUUUGUGUACAAGAACGCUCCUCCCAACCUUCGAACUAUUGACGUCAGCAGUAACUUCGAUGUAUGGCCAGCUCACCUCAUCACCAUCAAGUCUAUCAUUGAGGACCCGGAUGCCUUCGCCAAUAUGAAUAUGAUGGCGUUCCUGGUGACAACAAUUAUGAACCAUACUUAUGAGAAUGAAGCGGUUGCAGCGCUGCUGAACGAUUCAAAGGAACAUUUCGAUGCUGUGAUUGUAGAAUGGAUAUUCAACGAGGCUAUUGGGGGUAUUGCAACGAUAUUUGACUGCCCUCUGAUUUGGAUGUCCUCAGUGGAAGUACAUUGGAAGCUCCUAAGUUUGAUCGAUCAGCCUUCGAACCCUGCAUAUUCAGUAGACAUGACGUCGUCCAAUCAACCACCAUUGAGUUUUACAGAGAGAGUCAGCGAACUAUGGACUCAAAUACAAAUGUCUGUCCUAUCCUACUUUAUCUUUGACAAAAUGCAAGACGAGACGUAUCAAAAGUACGUAGUUCCAGCGAUUACAAAGCGUGGAAGAGAUGCCCCAUCGUUCUAUGAAAUGAAGUAUAAUGCUUCCUUAAUUCUGGCUAAUGCAUACGUAUCCACAGCCAUCCCUCAGACAAUGCCUCAAAGUCACAAAUACAUUGGAGGAUAUCACGUCGAUGAAGUCGUCAAACCUUUGCCUGAGGAUUUAAAGAAACUGAUAGAAAGCUCGAAGGAUGGUGUCAUUUACUUCAGCAUGGGUUCCAACUUGAAGAGCAAAGAUUUGCCAGAAGAAAUCCGAGUGAGCCUAUUGAAGAUGUUUGGAACAUUGAAGCAGACGGUCCUGUGGAAGUUUGAGGCAAAUAUGACGGAUUUACCACGAAAUGUCCACAUUCUGGAAUGGGCACCGCAGCAAGCCAUUCUAUCUCAUCCUAAACUUGCUGUCUUUAUCACUCAUGGAGGUCUCCUAUCAACCAUAGAGUCUGUCCAUUUCGGAAUUCCAAUCAUCGGUAUACCUGUCUUGGCUGAUCAGCACAUGAAUAUCAAAAAAGCAGUCAGAAAUGGAUUUGCUCUUAAAGUAGAUCUGUCUUAUACAAUGGCUGAUCAACUCAAGAAAGCAAUCAUUGAAGUUACCAGUAAUUCAAAGUAUGCGCAAAAAGCAAAAGAGUUGUCGUACAUCCACCACGACCGUCCAGUGAAGCCAGGAGUUGAGCUGGUGCACUGGGUGAACCACGUGAUCAAGACACGCGGCGCACCACACCUGCGCUCCCCCGCUCUGCACGUCCCCUUCUACCAGAAGAUGUACCUGGACCUCGCCGCAGUCCUCGUCAUCCUGUUUCUAGCUGGACGACUACUCCUGAAGAAAGCUUAUGCAGCCGUAUUCUCAAAAAGUAAAGCCAAUAAGAAGAAGACUCAUUAGAUUUUUCUAAUUGUUUUAUUUAUAUGAAGAGUACUGAAUAAAUUAUUUUACGUUUAUAAUCUGUUGUUUGUUUAAUAUGGACAUGUAUGUGCAUUGUAAAUCUCCUUUACUUGACUCGUGUACAUUUUGUUACGAAAAGAGAUUAUUCCUAGUCGACCUUGAAGUAAAAAAUUCUAAAAGAAAAA